AUGAAAAAAGUUGGAACAGGGGAGGGGACCAGGCCUGUGAACGUGGAUUCAGGAGUCACCAGCGAACAGAUGGUAGUUGCAGCCAAAAGCGUGAGCGAGAUUGCCCAGGGCCUGGGAGAAGAUAUUUAUAACUGUGGCCGCCAGGAGUGGCCUGAGACAGAGGCCUGCUGCCCUCAGCUGUGCCUCUGUAGGCUGAGUGACCGUGACCUCAAGGUGGCCCAUGGAGAGCUGGUGGGCAUGCAGCUGCUAAUGGAAGAUGUACUUCUGAGUAACUAUCAGAUGAUCACAGAGGGUCCCCCAGGCUGGCAGGUCACACUAGACAAAGAUACGCAGCCAAAUUUGUCCAGAACGCCAGGAUUCAGAAGUCCGCUCCCGAGCAGCCCAGAGGCCCCCAAGCUUCAGGGAGGCCCGUGCGAUGCGGGGAAGGCCCUUGCUUUGCUGAGGUCAUUUCUGGUGCUGUGGAAGCAGCUGGAAGUGCCGAAGGAGCACUGGGGCCACCUUAAGCUGCAAGGCCAGAACAUCAAGUCUGCCUCUCUCCACAAGCAGUCCUCUGAGCUCUACGGAACUGACAUUUUGUGCCCAAGCAUGAAAGCUCUAACCAGGAGGAUGGGGAAAGAAGAUGAAUUUGAAGAACUUAUAGUAAGUGGUUAGUCUAUUCUUCCCCUAAAAGGAGCUUCAGAAAUUGAAAUAAAAACUCAGCAGCUUCAGAAACUUCUGGAAAAUCUUGAAAUUCAUAUCAUCCAGGAGAUGUUAAGAAAAGUUAACAGAGAGAUAACACUGGUUGUGUCAGAAAAGUCCAAGGAGCAGCGUACUCUCCCUACAGACCUUUGGAAACACCAAGUUAUGAAAGAAAACUUUCCAGUUAUCAGACCAUAAAUAGUGAAAAAAAUUAUACAGAGAUUAAUGGGAAAUUACCAGGAUGGUAAACUAGAGAUCACUUUCAGGAAAGAGCACCUGGAGGCCUGCCUCCUUUCCCUGGGCUGUGACAUAAUGGCAAGGGAGCGCAGCAGCUUCGAGGGCUACUCCAUGUGUUACGAGCACAUGUUGGAGCACGUGAGGCGGGAGCUCUGCCAGAAGGAGCAGGUGUGUUCCCAGAGACCAGAACUUCCACCCGAAGACAAUGCUGGUCAAGUUGCAGAGCCCAGUCAUAAUAUGAUCAUGGAAAUCACUGCUCUGAGAGCCCGACUUGCAGACUUGAAAGAGGGGAUUCUGAAUCUUGAAAAGCAAAUCAGAAAAGAAGUGCAAGAAGAAUAUGAAGAUGUAGUCAAAACUCUAUUUAUGGCAUGUUUACACAUGAAAGAGAAGUUGAAUGAGAACCAGCUUCACUUGAUCCAGAAAGUGUGUGAGCUCAUCAGUGAAGUGAGAACAGAAUGGACUGAGCAUGUGAAGGACCUAAAGAAAAAAUGGGGCUCGGCCAGACCUGAUGAAGGAAUAAAUGGAAACUCAGCCAAAGAGCAGCCGCGGGACUGGGAGCAGGAGAACAGCAGCCUGGCAGCUCUAGUGUGCAAAGUGCGGAUCCUGGGCCGCUGGAGGCUGGCUGCGCAGCAGGCUCGCCCGGGCCAGCUGAGCCGGCCGGAGAAGGAAGCCAUACAAAGUAAAAAAGAGUGUUUGAGCAUCAAGCUAAUGGCAGAACAAGAAGUGGUUUUAUUUCGUCAGCAGUUACUGGCCCUGAGGUGGGCCCUGGCCAGGGCUCAGGCCCACAGCAUGAGGAUGUGCGAGCCACAGGAGAGCCAGGCUCAACUGCUAAAAGAAUUAGAACACAAAGUGACGCAGGAAUCUGCCCACUGGCAGCAGCUGGAUUUACUGAAAACCAGCAAAAAGAAGCUCUUGGAAGACAUGGAGCAAAAAGGACUGCAGCUGCAGCUCCUUCCUGAAGCGGCUGGGCGGGCUGCUCCACCGGGCCGGCUCCAGAGGAGGAAACUCCAGAGAGGACUCUGACAGAUGAGAAGCUGGCUGGCCCAGGAGUGCAGCGUGAAGCUGGAUGCUUUCCAGCGCGUGGAAGAGCUACAAAGUCAGCUUACUGACGCUGGGAGCUCCUCUGUCCAGAUGAGCUCACCUGGAGGCCUAAUAUCCCAGGCUCUGUUUGCCCUAAGGUCUGUGUCUGCAUCAUCCAGAUACUCCCAGCAGCACCUUUUAAAGACCAACCUAAUGGGCAAUAAAAUAACAAAGAUUCAAAGGCCAAAAUCUAUACCUCCUAAACACAAAAAAAGGACUGCUGAUGUCUUCCUACCCAGCGUGGCAGAAAAUGCUCAACUUUCAGUUUUUCAAGUCCAAACAGCUGCAUCCAGAAUCCCAUUUCGAUCUGACUGGUAA